GCCGGCCAUGGAGGAGGACGAGCCGGAGCUGGAGGCCGGGCUGGAGGCGGCCCUGGAGCUGGCGCCCGCCGUGCAGGCCGCCAUCGAGCAGGUGUUUCCCAGCCAAGAUCCUCUGGACAGAGCAGAUUUCAAUGCUGUUGAAUACAUUAAUACUCUCUUUCCCACAGAGCAAUCUUUGGCCAACAUCGAUGAAGUUGUGAACAAAAUCAGAUUGAAAAUAAGGAGGUUGGAUGAGAACAUCCGGACUGUGGUGAGAGGACAGACCAACGUGGGACAGGAUGGCAGGCAGGCCCUGGAAGAAGCCCAGAAAGCCAUUCAACAGCUCUUUGGUAAAAUUAAGGAUAUUAAAGACAAGGCUGAAAAAUCUGAACAAAUGGUUAAAGAAAUCACCCGGGAUAUCAAGCAGCUGGAUCAUGCCAAACGUCACCUGACCACCUCCAUCACCACCCUCAAUCACCUGCACAUGCUGGCAGGGGGUGUGGACUCGCUGGAGGCUAUGACCAGGAGGAGACAAUAUGGGGAGGUUGCCAACCUUCUCCAAGGUGUUGUGAAUGUGUUGGAGCACUUCAACAAAUACAUGGGGAUCCCUCAGAUUCGACAGCUUUCUGAAAGGGUGAAGGCAGCACAGAAUGAGUUGGGACAGCAGAUCCUGGCUGACUUUGAGGAAGCUUUUCCUUCUCAAGGUACAAAGAGGCCUGGUGGGCCCAGCAAUGUCCUACGUGAUGCGUGUCUUGUCGCCAAUGUCCUGGAUCCCAGAAUCAAACAGGAAAUCAUCAAGAAAUUUAUUAAACAGCAUCUCUCAGAGUAUCUGGUCCUUUUCCAGGAAAACCAAGAUGUGGCCUGGCUGGAUAAGAUCGACAGGCGCUACGCCUGGAUCAAGCGCCAGCUGCUGGACUACGAGGAGAAGUUCGGGCGCAUGUUCCCCCCGGAGUGGUGCAUGACGGAGCGCAUCGCCGUGGAGUUCUGCCAUGUCACCAGGGCAGAACUUGCUAAGAUAAUGCGCACAAGAGCCAAGGAGAUUGAGGUGAAAUUGCUUUUGUUUGCAAUUCAGAGGACAACCAACUUUGAAGGACUCCUGGCUAAACGCUUCUCAGGUUGCACUCUGGCUGAUGGGACAGUGAAGAAGCCAGAAGUGCCACCUCCUUCCACCAACCCGUUUCUGGAGGAUGAAACUGGAACAGAGACAGAUGAGAUUGUGAUGGAGAAAAGUGAUACAGACAAACCUAAGAAGCCAAAGGUUCCUGACAAUCCUUUUCAUGGCAUUGUUUCCAAGUGCUUUGAGCCUCACCUUUAUGUGUAUAUUGAGUCCCAGGACAAAAAUCUGGGGGAGCUCAUUGACAGGUUUGUGGCUGACUUCAAGGCUCAAGGUCCUCCCAAGCCCAACGUGGACGAAGGAGGAGCCGUCCUGCCCAGCUGUGCUGACCUCUUUGUGUACUACAAGAAGUGCAUGGUACAGUGUUCCCAGCUCAGCACUGGUGAGCCCAUGAUUGCCCUGACCACCAUAUUCCAGAAGUACCUUCGGGAAUACGCCUGGAAAAUUCUGUCUGGAAACUUGCCCAAGACAACCAGCAGCAGUGGUGGGCUCACCAUCACAAGUUUGCUGAAAGAAAAAGAAGGUUCUGAAGUGGCAAAGUUUACUUUAGAAGAGCUCUGCCUCAUUUGCAGCAUCCUUAGUACUGCAGAGUAUUGCUUGGCCACCACCCAGCAGUUGGAAGAGAAACUCAAAGAAAAAGUGGAUGCAAGUCUAGUGGAGAGAAUCAACCUGACGGGCGAGAUGGACACUUUCAGCAUUGUGAUCUCCAACAGCAUACAGCUGUUAGUGCAGGACCUGGAUGCAGCCUGUGACCCUGCCCUGACUGCUAUGAGCAAGAUGCAGUGGCAGAACGUGGAACACGUUGGUGACCAGAGUCCUUAUGUGACCUCAGUGAUUCUCCACAUUAAACAGAACGUCCCCAUCAUCCGUGACAACCUGGCCUCCACGAGGAAGUAUUUCACUCAGUUCUGUAUCAAGUUUGCAAACUCCUUCAUUCCCAAGUUCAUUAACCAUCUCUUCAAGUGCAAACCUAUUAGCAUGGUGGGUGCAGAGCAGCUGCUGCUGGACACUCACUCUCUGAAGAUGGUUCUCCUGGACCUGCCCUCCAUUGGGUCCCAAGUGGUGAGGAAGGCUCCUGCCAGUUACACAAAAAUUGUGGUGAAAGGCAUGACUCGGGCUGAAAUGAUCCUGAAGGUGGUGAUGGCUCCACACGAGCCCCCAGUUGUGUUUGUUGACAAUUACAUCAAACUCCUUGCUGACUGCAGCACAGAUACCUUCCAGAAGAUACUUGACAUGAAGGGCCUGAAGAGGAGUGAGCAGAGCAGCAUGCUGGAGCUCUUCCGCCAGCGCCUCCCGGCUCCUCCCUCGGGGGCAGAGAACUCCAGCCCCCUCUCGCUGAGCGCCCCGACGCCCGAGCAGGAGUCCUCGCGGAUACGGAAACUGGAGAAACUUAUCAAAAAAAGACUCUAAGUGAGCAGAAAGGGAACUCUGUUGCUCAGGACUAGCUGCAGUGACUGGGAGCAAAGCUCGUCAGACUUGUGAUUUUACAGUGUGCUGCUGCUGUGAAGUCCAUCUCCUGUCCUUCCCGCGCCCUGGGAUCUCUCAGCCCUCGUGUGUCGCGGCGCCGCGUCUCCGUUCCGACCCAGGGAGACUCCGACCAAGGUGUUUGCACUUAGCCUGGCAGGAAUGAAAGCCAGGACGUGGCUAGGUUGAUGUGGUGGAGAAAACAGAGGUAUUUGGAAGUCAGCAGCUAUGAAAAUGGUUUAGGUGGAUUGAGAGAGUGUUUGUCCUGGGUGUCCCAGGCUUCAGCCUGGCUGAGCUUCUGCUGCAGCACUGAGGAUUUUGCCUGUGAGUCAGGUGUUACUGCCCACUCCUUGUUGCAGAGCUGUUCCUCUGUUUCAUUAUGUAUUACAGGGGGCAGGAAACAACCCCAAACCACCACCACCACCAAAAAAGCCCUUUAACAGCUGGGAUCCACCCAUCUCCAGCUCCACUGGAUUAAUGAGAUGCCCAAGAGAGAACCCCAAAGCAGAUUUCCCGCAGGACAGGCAUGCACAAACCACCAGUAAAACAGCAAGGCAGAUCCUUUUCAGAACAGGAGGAAAGGGCUGAAUUAAUGCCUUCUGCACCUUGGCAAACCUCCUGCCAACGAGCCAGCAGCCUCAGUCACUGUUACAGCUUAAAGGCCAAACCAGACAUCUGCAGAGCCCCUCUCCAGCUGCUUGUUAUUUCUCUGGCCCCUGCUGGACUCGCCCGCUGUCCCUGAGGGGAGUUCCCGCGCUGUCCCUCGCCCUCUCUCCACAAAAGGCCCUUCAUGGAGCAAGUGUCAAACAGCACCAGCCCCUGGCUCUCCUGCCAGUCGGCGUGUCCCCAGCAGGGGUGUGCCCCUUUGGCACCUUCUCUGCCCUGCAAGGAGAGAUGCUGGAAGUGUUGUCUUUAACGAGGAGCCUGGGACGAGACAUUUACACCAGCCUCAGACCUUGAGGGCCUUCCUCUCCACCUUUUCCUCCAAGCUUUAGCUUGCACCAGUGCAGAAGGGAGGAGAACCAGAGGUAAAAGCCAGUGUGGAGCAGAGUUGGGGUUGGUGACAUCCGUGCCCUGCCCUUUGUGUGAGUUUUCCUGAGGAGUCUCAGUGCAGGGAGGCAUCACCUCCUCAUUAACAACACUGGACUUGUUCCCAAACUCCUGUGUACCCUUUUUAGGGGACUUUGAAGGCAUAUGGCCAGCCACCAACAUGGGUUUAGGGGCAGACCGACCAGUUGUGCCUGCUUUACUUGAACUCAAGCUUCACCUGCAUGUGCAGGAAGAAGAAGUCCCGUACCAGUUUGGCAGGUGAGGAGCUAUUGCACUGUCAUAUGCCUUCUUGAGAGGGUUCUGCUCCCCACCUGGUCAGGUUCAGGCCUUAGGACCAUAUUUAUCAGGGGCUGUGCUCACUUGGGCUGAUAGUACUCACUGCUGCACAUCUGGGAGGGCCCCAGCAUCCUGAGAGCUGUAGUGGUGAUGUCUGUCACAGUAACAACACCCGUGGGGAGGGAUGGCAGUUUCCCAUCACUCCAGUUUUAUAACUCUUCCUGAGUCUACUGCUGCUCCAUUAGUUUCCUCUCCUGAUUUCACCUCGGGUGACAAACGAUGGAGCAGUGGCUGAAAGUGUGUCAGGAACAGCUGUUCCCCAAGGAGUGAUUAUCCCAAGGUGCACGUGCAGGAUGGUUCACACCUUAUCAAAUGCAGUAGCCAGGGAGGAGGGAACAUGGGUUUGCAGAGAUUAAUUAUUCCAGUAGAGGGAUGAAUAAUUUAUUUUAGAUUAAUUUUUCGUCACUGUGUCAAUUAAUGACUCUGUAACUAAAUUAUGAGUAGCUGAAGAUGAUGUUCAAGUUAUCAUUGUUUGUCUUUCCCCAAAGGCUUCCCCGGUUUCAUUCUCUGCAUUUCCUUCUGGAGAUAAGAGGAAAUAAAAAAUAAAAAUGUGGGGUUUUUUUUAGUUUCAGCCUUUGAAGAAUGCUACAGGUUUGGGUGUUGGGAGUUCCACUUUUAGAGAGUAAGUCUGCAUCUUUCUAUUUUGGGUAGAAGGGUUUUGUCACCUUGGCUCUUGGGUGUUUAUCAGAUUUGGCACGUCUGUAUGUGUGUGUCAGCUGUGUGGAGUUUACACUCUAGGGAACAAAGGAUGGUUUGUUUUCUGUAUAAAAUGCCACUUUUUACAUUUUUUGGCCCAGGUGUAGUUCUGGCUGUUGGUCAGAGUGUGACACUAAAAUGAAUUAAAUGGUUACGAUGUUCA